AUGUCAAGUGGCUACAAGCUCUACGAUUAUGAUCCCUCCGUCGGUGCGGCCGUUGUCUUCGCCGGCCUGUUUGCUGCGACCUCUGUGCUGCAUCUCUUUCAGAUGAUCCGCAAGCGGACCUGGUAUUUUGUGCCAUUCAUCGUCGGUGGCUUUUUUGAAACAUUCGGCUACAUCGCACGAUACUACAGUGCUAAGCAAACACCAAACUGGACUGUGAUGCCCUAUGUCGGACAAGAGUUGCUUCUCCUCCUCGCUCCGUCUCUCUUUUCCGCCUCCAUCUAUAUGAUCCUGGGCCGGAUUAUCCGCCUCGUUCACGGCGACUCGCGCUCACUUAUCGGCCCGUCCUGGCUAACCAAGAUCUUCGUGACGGGCGACGUACUUUCGUUCUUCAUCCAGAGCGGUGGUGGAGGAAUGAUGGCCAGUGCCAAAUCCGCCAGCAGCGUGUCUCUGGGCAACAAAAUCAUCGUGAUCGGUCUGAUCGUCCAGCUGGUUUUCUUCGGCUUCUUUAUUAUUGUUUCGAUGGUCUUUCAUCUCCGUAUGAGAUCCUCUCCGACUCCGACGUCUCUCGCAAUUAGCCCUCCGUGGUAUACCUAUAUGCGUGUUCUGUACGCCGCUAGUGUUUUCGUCAUGGUGAGGUCUGUCUAUCGCGUGGUGGAAUAUGUGCAGGGCACCGAUGGGGUCUUGCAACAGCAUGAGGUCUAUCUGUAUGUCUUCGAUGCUGUACUGAUGUUGUUGUGUUGUCUUUUGUUCAAUGUCAUGCAUCCGAGUCGCAUUUUGUCGAGUCGGCAACCUUAUGGUAAGAUGGAUGGGGAUCAGGUAGAGAUGCUGAAUUCAGGGCGGUGA